AUGGAAUUCCCCUAUAUGCGAGCGUUUAUUGCUCUCUUUCUCUAUCGUUAUUUCCGUCUUGUGGUGAACCUCUUCUCCUUCUGGACUUUCAAGCCUAUUCCCCCGCCGGAGAACCCCAAAUUGACCGCGCAAGAUGUCACCGUGAUCCUUCCAACGCUAGAUGGCUGCGGUGACGAGCUGGUCGAGACUAUCCGCACCAUUCUGGACAAUCAGCCCUACGAAUUGCUCUUGGUGACCAUUGAGGCGAACCGAAAGAAGGCCGAGAACAUGCUGAGCCUCAUGCCGGCGUCCAAAUCGAGAAUCCGUCUGUUUACUGUCACCCACCCCAAUAAGCGCCGUCAAAUGACGAGGGCCAUUCCCGAAGUUCGCACCCCCAUCACCAUCUUCGCCGACGACGAUGUGAGUUGGCCGCGUACGGUCCUGCCCUGGAUUCUCGCUCCGUUUGAGAAAGACGAACGUUACGGAGGCGUCGUUACCUGCCAGCGACUCCGUCGUGCGGUGGAUCCGACCUUCUCCCAGCGGAUCUGGGGCUUCCUGGGUGCUCUCUACCUAGAGAGACGGAACUUUGAUUGCGCGGCGACCACGCACAUCGACGGUGGUCUUCCUUGCAUGUCUGGACGGACUGUCGCGUACAAGACCAGCAUCCUCCAGGAUGAGGGCUUUACCUAUGCGUUUACGAACGAGGAAUGGUGGUUUGGAAAGUAUCAAUUGAAUGCGGAUGACGACAACUUCAUUACUCGGUGGAUGGUGUCGCAUGGAUGGGAGACGUUCAUGCAGUAUCAUCCCGAAGCCGAAGUGCAGACCACUCUGGAGGACAAUCCCAAGUUUCUGAAGCAAUGCGCCCGCUGGUCGCGCAGCAACUGGAGAAGCAACCUCACCAGUAUGUUCCACGAGAAACACAUUUGGUAUCGGCAGCCUUGGAGUGCGUACGCCGUGCAUCUCACCACCUUGUCCCCGCCGGCCCUCCUGGGAGACCUGUUGCUCGUCUUACUGUGCCACAAGGCAACCGCCUCGUGGGAUGCUUCAUCCCACACCCUCGCGAUGCAGGCCCUCGGAGUCUGGAUGCUCGUCAGCAAAUUUAUCAAACUGCUGGGACAUUACAUCCGGUUCCCCGUCGACUUCCUGCUUCUGCCCGUAUCGAUUCUUUUCGGCUAUUUCCACGGGGGGAUCAAGAUGUACGCGGUGCUAACUCUCAAUGUGACGACAUGGGGUAGCCGAGAUGGUGCCGACGAUUAUGACGCAGAACGUAUGAAGAAGCGAACGGAAAGUGACCGUGUGAAGCGGCCCUACUAUCCAAAGUUUAUACUUCAGUGA